AUGUCUUUUUUUGGAUUUGAUAGUUCACAUCCUCCCUCGGGACGCAACAACAAUCGUCAUGGCAAGAAGAAUGAAAAACCAUUGGAUUUUGAUGACACUUACGGUGGAUAUGAUGAAGAGGAAAAUGAUUAUUUGAACUCAGAAACUUUUGGUGCAGAUGUGGAAUUGGGGAACGAUUUUGAUUUCGGUCACGGUGAAUCCGCCCCACAACAACAACCGCAACAACCAAUUGCUAAUCAUAGAUCCUAUGUGGCCGCUGCAUCUCAAAGCAUUGCGCAUUCUCAUCCAAAUCAAAUGGACCCAAAUGCAGAUUUGAAACCAAUGGAAUCAUUGUGGACUGCUAGCCAACCUCAACAACAAGCUCCUCCUCAUCAAGGCCAAGUAUUGUCAAUGGAGGAAAUUGAAAGACAACAACGUCAAAUGCAAAUGCAUCCACAAGGUGUUCCACCUCCACAAGGCUUUACUAGCGGCCCGGCUCAAAAUUUUAACCAAAUGCCACCACCACCUCAAGUUUACCAGCAACAAUUGCCAAUCCCUCAACAAAACAACGAUGGUCAAUUUACUAAUCAGUAUAAUCCACGUAUGGGACCUCCCGGCAUGGGGCAACCAAUUCCUGGUCAAUAUCAGCAGAUGCAACCAAUGUUUAACCAACCUCCGCCACAUCCUCAACAGCAGUAUCCUCAAAUGUAUCCAACCCCUCCUCAAACAUACCAAGAUAUUCCCUUGCAAUACCAAGCUCCACCACCACCACAACAACAACCAUUGCAAGGUCAAGCAAAUCAACCCCAACAUCCAAUUGCAAAUAUGCCAAAUGCCUCUCAAUCCCCUUCCACUUUCCCUCCUCAAUCUCAACCAAACGAUUUUGAAUUGCAGCCUGCCAUGAACCUAAGACAACCAUCUCAACAAACUCAAUCUUCAUCUACUCCAACACCACAGAGUAUCAACUCACCAAUGGCUCAAGAAAAUGCAAGAGCUUCUCCGCAAUUAGAUAAUCGUAUCUUAACUGAAUCACCAAGGAAUAUCUCAAGACAAAAUCAAAAUCAAGGCCAGUCUUCCCGUGCUAACACCAAACAGUCUCAGCAAAGAAGAGAACCAAUGACUCCAGAGGAACAAAAGAGAUUACAAAUUCGUCAUGCUAAAGUUGAAAAAAUCUUAAAGCAUUCAGGUGUCAUGACUCCACGUGAUAAAGAUUUUAUUACUCGUUAUCAACUGUCUCAAAUUGUAACAGAUGAUCCAUACAAUGAAGAUUUUUAUUUCCAAGUUUAUAAGAUUAUUCUAAGAGGUGGUAUCGCUGGUGAAUCCAACAAGGGAUUAAUUGCUCGUGCCUAUUUAGAACAUUCAGGUCAUCGUCUAGGCGGUAGAUACAAACGUGCUGAUAUUGCCUUACAAAGAAUGCAAAGUCAAGUAGAAAAAGCUGUUACUGUGGCAAAGGAAAGACCUCAAAAGAAUAAGGACCAUUCUGGUGAAAAUUCUGGUCGUGAGGGUGUCCUAGGUAAGAUUUCUUCAUCUAUGAAUAGUAAAGCUCCACGUAGACAAUUAUUAAUCCCAACUCCAAAGAGUAACGAAGAUUUGUUAAAUUCAGAAGAUACUACAAGAGAAUCUACCAAUGACUCCACUACACCCGCUUUGGAAGAAGUUACACAACAUUUGGGUAACGUUGAAAUCAACCAAAAAUCAAAGACUAGAAGAAGAUCUUCGUAUGCAUUUUCAUCAAUUGAUCAAAAUUCUGUUUUAUCCCGUUCUGGAGGUAGAAAGUUUGUCUUAUCUCAAAUUGAAACCGUUUACGAAGAAGUCUUAGAAUUGGAAGCCAACUUGAGAAGUGGUAAGGAGAUCGAUAGUACGUUGUUAUGGGAAGCACUUCAUAUCGAUGACGAUGCUUAUGAAGUUUGUCCAUUCAUUUCCAUGUUAUCCUUUGAUAAAGGUGUGAAGAUUAUGCCUCGUAUCUUUAAUUUCUUAAAUAAAGAACAAAAGCUGAAGUUAUUGCAGACAUUCUUCAGUGAAUUAUCCCAUUUAAACAUUAUCAUUAUAAGUUCCUACAAGACCAACCCAUCUCCAUCGGAUUCUCAAUUGAAAAAGAUUGAUUUAUUCCAAACUGUAUUUUUGAAAAUUAUUGUGUCAUUCUUAUCGAACAAUUCCAAUUUUGUUGAAAUUAUGGGUUUAUUACUACAUCUAAUCAAGAAUAAUAAUGUUUCCUUCAUUUCUACAUCCAAGAUUGGUUUGAAUUUAAUUACUGUGUUGAUAUCUCGUGCUGCUUUAAUUAGACAGGAUUCUAAUAGAAGUAAUGUCUUAUCAUCACCAGAAAUCUCUGCCUGGAAUGAAAUAUAUGACAAAUUAUUUACAUCUUUGGAGAGUAAAUUAUCUUCAAUUUUCCCACCACCGGAAUAUACCGAAAAGGUGGUCAAGAUUAUGGUUAUGGAACAACAUGCUGGACCUAUCGAGUCCAUAUUUUAUGACCAAUCUUACAUCUGGCAAUUCUUGGCUUCGUUAGCCUUGAGUGGGAAAUUAAAUCAUCAACGUAUUAUAAUCGAUGAAGUCAGAGAUCAAAUAUUUGGUACGAUUAACGUGGCAGAAGAUUUGAUAAAGAAUGUCCCAAGUGACGAUAAAUCAAAUGCAAUUUAUAGAAGAGAAAAGCUAUAUCAAGACUUGAAUUUAUUCCUAAAUGUCAUGGGUUUGGUUUCUAGAGAUGGAGAGAUUUCUGAAUUGAAAUAA